GUUAAAAGGUGUCAUGGCGGCCUCCUCGUAAGUCGCUAUGUGUUAGCAAGAGUCCGCACAAUUUUACCCCCACAGAUUUAAGUGUCAUUGUAUUUUUAUAGGCACAUUUGAAUGUAAAGGCGCUUUUAAACAUGGGGACUGUGCAUGCGAGAAGUUUAGACCCUCUCCCGAUGCAAGGGCCUGAGUUGGGGGUGCAGGCAGAUGACAUGGAUCUGGGAGAACCAGAGCAUGAGCCUCAACAGGAAGUUCUUGAAAACAAAGAUGUUGUGGUCCAGCACGUGCAUAUAGAUGGCCUUGGAAGGACUAAGGAGGAUAUCUUAACAUAUGAAAUUGCAGAUGUUUUCCAGGCUAAGAACCUGAUUGAUGUGAUGAAAAAAUCCCAUGAUGCCAGACAGAGAUUGCUGCGUCUGGGAAUUUUCAGACAAGUGGAAGUCGUCAUCGAUACUUCAGAAGGUGAGGAUGCACUGCCCAAUGGACUGGACGUGACAUUCGAGGUGAAAGAGCUUAGGAGACUGACAGGAAGCUACAACACUAUGGUGGGAAAUAAUGAGGGUAGCAUGGUACUGGGUUUAAAACUGCCCAAUAUUUUUGGCCGUGCUGAGAAGCUCACCUUCCAGUUCUCAUAUGGUACAAAAGAAACGUCCUACGGCCUCUCCUUCUUCAAGCCCCAGGCUGGUCACUUCGAGCGCAACUUCUCUGUCAACAUCUACAAAGUCACGGGGCAGUUCCCUUGGAGUUCACUGAGGGAGACUGACAGAGGGAUCUCCACUGAGUUCAGCUUCCCCAUCUGGAAGACGAACCAUACAGUAAAGUGGGAGGGCGUGUGGAGGGAGCUGAGCUGCCUGGCGCGUACCGCCUCCUUCGCUGUCAGAGAGGAAAGCGGCCAUUCACUUAAAUCCUCCCUCUCGCAUGCAAUGGUUAUUGACACACGCAAUUCUGCAAUCCUCCCUAAGAAAGGUGCCUUACUAAAAGUCAACCAGGAGCUGGCAGGCUAUACAGGUGGAGAUGCCAGCUUCCUGAAGGAGGACUUUGAGAUUCAGGUCAAUAGGCGCCUCUUCUGGGACUCUGUCCUUUCUGCCUCGCUGUGGGGGGGCAUGCUGCUGCCCAUUGGAGACAAACCCACAUCCAUUGCGGACAGGUUUUAUCUUGGAGGCCCCACCAGUGUGAGGGGGUUCAGCAUGUACAGUAUUGGACCUCAGAGUGAAGGCGACUACCUGGGUGGGGAGGCAUACUGGGCUGGUGGGAUCCACCUUUACACCCCACUGCCCUUCAGGCCGGGCCGGGGGGGCUUUGGGGACCUCUUCAGGACACACUUCUUUCUCAAUGCCGGAAACUUGUGCAACCUCAACUAUGGCGAGGGGCCGAGGGCUCACCUGAGCAGGCUGGCGGAGUGCAUUCGCUGGUCAUAUGGUGCAGGCAUAGUACUGCGCUUGGGAAACAUUGCUCGGCUUGAGCUCAACUAUUGCAUUCCCAUGGGCGUCCAGAGUGGAGACAGGAUAUGUGAUGGAGUGCAGUUUGGAGCAGGCAUUCGCUUUCUGUAAUAUCCUGAGGACAUUAACAUGUCAGCUUUGGACAAAAAAAAGGUUUUUACAUAUGGAUAGAAUAUGUAUGAAGUUCCAAUAAAGAGCGAUAACUGUUAUGUUUCAGUAGUUCUUUUGGCAUGAAGUAUUCAAAGGACAGUAGUUUAAAACCCCCAAAUAAUACAGAUUGAUUAAAGGACAAGUACUUCUGGGGAGUGGGGAUGGGAAUGACCCUUCAGUGCUCUUAUGACAUAUUUAUUUGUUUGAAUAGCAAAAUGGUAAAUAAAUAAUGCUUCCUAACUUUAUAAGUGUAGUUUGAUUUUCAUCCUAUCCUUGGGAGUCUCCACUUCAUUGUCAUGUGAAAUAUCAUUCUAUGUGUAAAUCGUUGCUGUGCUCCAGUCUGUCUGCUCCAGCAAAGUGAAGACAUGCUUCUGCUCGACUGGAACUUCAGUUUCAGUAGCAGGUGUCUUUGUUGGUACUGUAUGUUAAGCAUGAGGUUCUCUUACUGGUUCUUCCCUCUUUGUGAAUUCAAUGUUUUCAUUUAUUUUCCCUGUAUGAAGCUACAAAGUGUCAAAUGUGCAAAUGCAAAUAGACAAGAGCAGAUAAAACUCCACAAAAGCUUGUGGCCCAGUGACAA